GUGGGAGUGACUCUGUGCCACACCGAGAGUGCCUUUGGGAGAAGUGGGGGUUGUUUGCAGAGAGAGGAGGUCAGUCAAGCAGUGCCUGAUGGAGGGGAGAGCAAGACGGGAGGAGGCAGAGAGCAGUUGUCAGCCCUUCUGAAUCUUUCAUAAGGGAGAUCCUCCAACAUCAAGCUUCCUGGAUGGACUGAGAGAAAGAGUUGGUACUGAGGUGUGCAUUCAGCAGGCACCAACAGUGACAGAGGGACACAGAAAAAAGGAAGCCGAGUGAUAGAGCACUUUGCAGACAGCAAAAGCAGGAGGGAGAUGGGAGAGAAGCAGUGUUGAGAAGAGGAAUUCUUCUCUCCUGGAAGGAGCUGUACGUGACCCCGCUGUGGGUAACAAUCCUCCAAGAACCUCUGAUGAAAAGAAGACCAGCAGGAAAGCACACUGCAUUAGCCAAAGGAAAGACAGGCCACAACUGCUGGCUGGCUAAUCCCUAAACCCGUGAAGAACGGGGGGAAAAGGGGAAGCACAGAGGCAACACAAACAACAAAAGGGUAUGUGUGAGCUGGCUGGGUGAAUGUUUGUAUGUGAGGUAACCUCAAUCUUUCUGCUACAACAUUUCAACACAGCGUGAAACUUCUUGAUAAGGCAAGAGGAGGACAAAAUCAGCUGUACAUGACCAGCCGAUGUGACUUUGGACAGAGAGGGGCAGAAUUUGAAAGAGGUCGGAAAGACUCAACCCAGCGUGCAGGGAUGUCGUCCAACGAGCUGAGCGUUGAGAUGGACUCCUGCAUCCGGACAUUCAAGGAGCACAUGCACCUGGAGCUGGAGCCUCCCAAAAUCCCAGGUGUGGUGGGAGGGAAGAGGGGCGCCACGUCCCCCAAACUGUCCCCGAGAAGCUCGCCGCGCCUCUUCCGCAAGCUGAUGGUCAACAAGAGCAUCCGACAGAGGCGACGCUUCACUGUAGCCCAUACCUGUUUCGAUGUGGAGAAUGGCCCGUCCGCCGGAUGCAGCCCUCUGGACCCCCAGGCCUCCCCCGGCUCUGGUCUGGUCCUUCACACUAACUUCCCCGGUCAUAACCAGCGGCGAGAGUCCUUCCUCUACCGCUCUGACAGCGACUAUGAUCUGUCACCCAAGUCCAUGUCACGAAACUCCUCCAUCGCCUCUGAACUACAUGGUGAUGACCUGAUUGUAACGCCUUUUGCUCAGGUUCUGGCAAGCCUUCGAAGUGUGAGGAAUAACUUCACUGUACUGACCAAUGUCCAGUGUGCCUCCAGCAAGAGGUCUCCUGCAGCAACCACUCAGCCUCCAAUCACCAGAGUUUGUCUCCCAGAUGAGGCGUACCAGAAGCUGGCCAUGGAGACGAUGGAGGAGUUGGACUGGUGUCUGGACCAGCUGGAGACCAUCCAGACCUACCGCUCUGUCAGCGACAUGGCCUCUAACAAGUUCAAGAGAAUGUUGAAUCGGGAGUUGACGCACCUAUCUGAGAUGAGUCGGUCUGGGAAUCAGGUUUCCGAAUUCAUCUCCAACACCUUCCUAGACAAACAGAAUGAUAUGGAGAUCCCGUCUCCGACGUCCAAGACGCGAGAGAAGAAGAAGCAGCAGAAGCAGCAGCUGAUGACGCAGAUCCCCGGAGUCAAGAAGGUCUCCCACGGGCCCUCGCUCUCCGGCAGCUGCGUCUCGCGCUUCGGCGUCAAGACUGACAAGGAGGAACUGCUGUCCAAGGAGCUGGAGGACCUCAACAAGUGGGGCCUGAACAUCUUCACUGUGUCGGAGUACUCCCACAGCCGGCCUCUUACCUGCAUCAUGUACGCCAUCUUCCAGGAGCGAGAACUGUUAAAGACAUUUAAGAUCCCCAUGGAUACGUUCGUGGCCUACAUGAUGACGUUGGAAGAUCACUACCAUUCGGAUGUGGCCUACCAUAACAGCCUGCAUGCUGCUGACGUAGCCCAGUCCACACACAUCCUCCUCUCCACUCCAGCCCUGGAUGCGGUCUUCACAGAUCUCGAGAUCCUAGCAGCCAUCUUUGCUGCAGCUAUCCAUGAUGUUGACCAUCCUGGUGUAUCAAACCAAUUUCUGAUCAAUACCAACUCUGAGCUGGCGCUGAUGUACAACGAUGAGUCUGUGCUGGAGAACCAUCACUUGGCAGUGGGAUUCAAGCUGCUACAGGAAGACAACUGUGAUAUCUUCCAGAACCUCACUAAGAAGCAGCGACAGUCCCUCCGCAAGAUGGUCAUCGACAUGGUUUUGGCCACGGACAUGUCCAAACACAUGAGUCUGCUGGCUGAUCUGAAGACGAUGGUGGAGACCAAGAAGGUUACGAGCUCUGGAGUGCUGCUGCUGGACAACUACACCGACAGGAUACAGGUCCUGCGUAAUAUGGUGCACUGUGCUGACCUGAGCAACCCCACCAAGUCCCUGGAGCUGUACCGUCAGUGGACUGAUCGGAUAAUGGACGAGUUCUUCCACCAGGGAGACAGAGAGAGGGAGCGGGGGAUGGAGAUCAGCCCCAUGUGUGACAAACACACUGCCUCGGUGGAGAAGAGCCAGGUUGGCUUCAUCGACUACAUCGUGCACCCUCUGUGGGAGACCUGGGCCGAUCUGGUUCACCCCGACGCCCAGGACAUUCUGGACACGCUGGAGGACAACAGGAACUGGUACCAGAGCAUGAUCCCCCAGAGUCCCUCCCCGCCCUUCUACGACCAGGUCUCGCACGGACACGGCGGAGGGAGCGGGGGGCAGGGUGGCGGGGAGAAGUUUCAGUUUGAGCUCACCUUGGAGGAGGAGGACUUGGAUGGAAUAGAGAAAGACGGCGAAGGAGAGGAGGACGAGGAGGAGGAAGAGUUAGAUAUAGAAGAGGAGGAGGAUAGUCUAGGAGAUUCCCGUUCUCCUCCCCUGGACUAUUUGAACAGUCAGGAGCUGGAGGAGGGCAACAUGAUGGAGCCGGCAAUAGAGAUAGUGACGCACGAGGCGUCGCCCACGGACACAUAGGGCUUCCAUCAUCAGGCUCACGCGGUGAUUUGAAAGUUUUUUUGGCGAAAGAGGGGCGAUCCUCUUGCAGCUGUGCUUUUUAAUAAGCCCACAGAAGCAAGGGCUUAGUUUGGUCCCGCACGGGGCGUCUUGCACUUGGGUGUUUGAAGCCAGACACAGACGGACAGUUUCAGCGAGGCGGCUUCAGAGUUCUCAGGAAAUAAUGACUGCGAACAUUUUAGUCUGGACGAACAGGCGAGACGGAGGGAGGAACUUGAAGGAUUUCGGCCAGUUUGGGAAAACGGUUACUUUUCUUUUCUGGACUGGCAUUAAAAUGGACAUCGACACUACUGAGAGAAGUUUUGUACCUUAAGACUUUUUUUUACAGAUAUGAUCUAGAAGUAGCAUAGAGUAAGAUCUACUGACGGAGACACAUUUGUAUAGCAAGAGAAAGUGUUUACUUUUUUCCUGUACCAUUUGUCAAAGGACUUUUGUGUGCCUUUUUUACUAUUGUCUUUAUAAUAGUUUUUUAUUUAUUGAACACUCUAGUAUGUCUGUGACAUUUUUUUUCUUAUCUGAAAGAGCAAAAUCUUUUUUGUAUGUUAAAAAGAGAAACAGUCUUCCAUGUAUUGGGCAAUAGAGAAAUCCAAACAAACGUCGACAAACAACUCUCGGACAUCUGAAUAGGGAAACAUCACAUCAUAACGCAUACAUUUGUUUUUUCAAUCUGAGCACAACGUUUCACCAACGGUUCAUGUUACAUGUCUAGUUUGUUGCUUUUCUAUAUCAAGAUGUCGGUCAACGAAAGUCACACUGAAACACAUCCUCUAUACAUCAUCUUCUCUCUUUUUCAUUGUAGCGGUCUGCAGACCAUUUGGGGGCUUCCUACCUUUUCACACCAAAACUUGACUUUUAAUGCAAAAUGCUCAGCGAGGAUGUGAAAUCCUACACUCGCAACUCUAUAGUCAAAUAUUCCUGCUGAAUUUUCAGUAUUAAAUUAUUGGGAAAUUUGAUUUGCACGAUUGUCUUUUUCAUUUUUUUCCAUCCUAUUGUUAUCGUGUUGGUGUGAAAUGGAGGUUAGUCCACUUCAAACCCUCAUAACCGAUGAUCUAAUUCAGCAGAAAUAUAAGCAGGUCUAAAAGCAAACAAGCUGCCCCCUAGAUCUCUAAUAAAACCAGAAAUGAAGUCCGCCAAGGACAAGUGCACAACAGCGGUGGAUCUAUUUUUAGCCCACAGGUAUGCUGCAGUCUCAAUAAUCCUGUUAGAUAGAGCGGGUCCUGACCCCGGACCCGUCUGAUGUAACACCCCCCCCACUGCCCCUCUGCAAUCAGGCCCAGACCAGAUGAUUAAAGGUGCUCUUACAGCUGCCCGUCUGAAAGGCGCUCUCAGACCCUCAUCAGCGCCACUAUUCACAUGGUUUACAAACCCCUCUGGGCUCCACGGACGCGACCCCAAAACAAUCAGGCCAGCUAUUUCUUCCUCGCCAUAUAAAAAAAAAAUCCCUCAAGUGCUGCGUCUGCUCAUUGACGUCAAUUGAAUUUUCCCCUCCCUCCCCCUCGACUGUAUCGGGUUUCGAGGACAGUCGGGUUAUUAGGAUUUGGCACAGAUGGCAUUGCUGGAUUCAGCGUGGCAGACUGUUGAAAAAAAGAGGAAUAAUUAGGUGCUCUAGUUUUAAAUGAAACCAAAAAACGCCUCUUUUUUUGUUUGGAAAUGGUUUGCAGACCUCACAUUUCUGCUCCUGUGGCUUCCACGACUAGUUUUUAUAGAUGUUCUAGUUGCAUCUGUAAUCACAUUUUCAUAUUGGUUUACUGAUAUACUCGAAGGUACUUCAUCUAGUUUCAUCCCAGCAUGCUUAAGUGGCAAUCGUCUGCGUGCAGUAUGUAUGUAUGGAAGGUUUUGUGUGUGUGUGUGUGUGUGUGUGUGUUGACUUUGUCAUCAGGCCUUACCCCCAUCACUCCACACCUUUUGUCUCUACUGUUUGUCGCUAGGAGCUCAAGUUGGUCCUUUUUGCUGUUUAUAACAGUGUGUAUUUAUUCUAUACUUUAAGCUUGUAAAUAAGAAAUACUGGUUCAGUGUAAAAUCUAUUUUAAUUUAUAUGCACUUGCAUUACCUGGAAGUGGUGGUGUCUAAUGUGUAGGAGACUCCGAAUUCGAGUCUUUUUAUAUAUGUAUUAUAUAUUGUUUUUUUUAUAUAUCUAUAUAUAAAUAUAUAUAAAUAUAUCUAAGUAUAUAUUCGCACAAUGUUUUGAGUGCCCAGCAGAGCAGCAGCUAAAGAGACAUGUUGUUGUCGUCACAUGGGAACCUUGUUACUCCAAAAUGGCUUUUUUUUAUUUUCACACGAAAAUGAAAAUUAUGCAUGAAUAUUAAACCAAAAAUGUUCUCACUUUGGCAUCCCUUUGAAAUCUCAAUUAAUAACACAGUAUUUUAUUUUUUGAUAUUUAUGAAAAUGUAAGUUUCUCUCUGUUAAAUUUCAGCUUAGUUACAUUUCUUAAAUAAUUUUACAGACUUUCAAAUGUCUUCAUUUUGUUUCUUAGAUAAUUUUUCUGAUGGGAAACUAUUUUGGUCCAACUGAGUUUUUGAAGCUACAAGGUUUUCAUGUGACGGCAGCGAUUUGGUAACCCAGAGGCAACAUAGAGGACAUGUUAAACUGCAUAGGCUUGGAUCGUAGGAUACAUUCAGGCUAGCUAAGGAACGCAGAAGCUUAGUCAACGCUCGGUGUCAAAGUACACAAAUAGCUCAUUUUCUCUCACGACCUGAGCUUCUCCAUCCAGCAUUUGAAUGCAGAUUGCUGAUAUACGAGGCCAGAUAGACACCGGUUCGACGGACAAAACACAAAGUCUCCUUCUACACUCAGCGCACUUCAUGUAAAAGUAGAUAACACAGGGACGCUAUUGGUAGCAUGCUACAAUACGCCCCGGCACUGACGUGAGUCGUUCUGAAUUAACAACAAAUACAUGGCCGUGUGUAACUGAUUGUGCUAAUGUGUGAACUCUUUCUGACCAAACUUGUUAGCAGUUUUGAAAUUCAAAUUUGUCAGUAUUAACAUUGUUUAUCUAUGUUUGAUCUUUUUCUUUUUGGUCCUAGUUGUGUCCAAAUGGUUAGCCAGAUUUAGCACUAUCUGCAUGAGAGAUGGGUUUUUUUUUAUUGUCAAUAAUAUGUUCAAGUCCGCCAGUUGGUGGAUUAUUAAAUGUUUCACACAAUGUAUGGUAUUAUAUUGUAUAUUGUGUUCAAAAAUAAAUCUGAAAUACUUUUUCUAUUAAGUGAUUAAAAGCAAAGCAUGAAUAUA